AUGGUUUUUGUUGUGAUCCGACUAGUUGGUGAAGCAGAAGAUCGCUUGUUCGAGAAUAUUAUUUUGGAACCGCAGAUUUCUCGUGUUGACCUGGUGAAGGAGAUUGAGAGUGUGACGAAUAUUCCACCCAAAUUUCAACAAGUCCAAUACCGUGGCGAUAAGCUACCCGACUCUCUUCAUCCUCUCGAAUCGAUCAAUGAUUUUGAAGAACUUGUUGUGAAACAUGCAGAUCUUCCAUGGUGGAUUGAGUACAAAGAAUGUGUUGAGAAGGUGGAAAGGGACGAAGCACGCCGCAAUUGU